AUGGGAAAUAGGAAUAACACAGAUAUAACUGAAUUCAUCCUUUUGGGAUUGACUGACUCUGAGGUGAUCUGUCAGGUCCUCUUUAUGUUAUUUCUCUUGAUAUACCUGAUUACCCUUCUAGGGAAUGCAGGGAUGAUAAUGAUAAUUUACUUGUAUCUCCAGCUUCACACUCCCAUGUAUUACUUCCUGAGUAACCUGUCAUUUCUUGACAUCUGUUACUCAACAGUCAUCACUCCUAAAACUUUAGAGAACUUACUGACUUCUAACAAGUAUAUUUCAUUCAUGAGCUGCUUCACUCAGAUGUAUUUUUUUGUCCUCCUCUGUGUCACUGAAUUUUUCCUUCUUUCUUCAAUGGCUUAUGACCGCUAUGUAGCUAUCUGUAAUCCUCUUAACUACCAGGUUGUUAUGUCUGCAAGACUCUGCCAUGCCCUCAUCAUUGGAUCCUAUGUGAUUGGCAGUACUGAAUCCUUAGUCAAUGUUCUUUGCAUGAACAGUUUCCAUUACUGCAAAUCCAAUGUAAUCUAUCACUUUUUCUGUGAUGUUCCCCCAAUAUUAGCCCUGUCAUGCACUGACACUCAAGACCUUGAAAUCAUGAUACUAGUUAUUGCUGGUUUAAAUGAAUUGUUGUCUCUUAUUACAAUCUCUGUUUCCUACAUGUCCAUUCUGUCUACUAUCCUGAAAAUUAAUUCCACUUCAGGAAAGCACAAAGCCUUCUCUACUUGUGGCUCCCACCUCCUGGGAGUCUCCAUCUUUUAUGGCACUACAAUUUUUACUUAUUUAAAACCAAAGAAAUCCUACUCCUUGGGAAGGAAUCAAGUGGCCUCUGUGUUUUAUACAAUGGUGAUCCCCAUGCUGAAUCCACUCAUUUAUAGCAUUAGGAACAAAGAAGUGAAAAAUGCCCUCAUUAGAGUCAUGCAGAAGAGAGAAGGCUCCAGGAAGUUGAAAUAA